CCGCAGCCGAAGCGGACCAAAGGAAACGGCAUAGUGGGUACAUGUGCAGUCUAGCCGAAAGCUGCUAGUGCUGUGCCAUGGACCAGAAGAAGGACACUUACUCUUCUGCAUUCAGCCCGCGAAGUGGCACAGCUACUGUGGACACAGCAACAUUGGUCGCUGGCUUGUACAACGAAUGCUCAAACGGAGUCGGUGUUUCACUUUCGAGCUUUUGCCACCUCCUGGCCCACCAACGCCUUGUCUCUUGGGACUUUGACCACAUGUCAGUCCUGGAGACUUUCCGAUCGCAGACGGGAGUACCUCAUUUCGAGGAUACUUUGGACUCGAUGCUCAUUGAUUCCAAACAGCUGCGACAAGCUCUGCAGGCUUUGGCGGUGCACUUCUAUGGGGCAAACUACGGCCUCAAGGAACGUGAACCAAAGCUUAUCGAUCGUCAAACUUCGGGAGCCAGUGAAACUCCGUCCAUUGUUGAGAGACGGAACAGUGGCACCAAUCGAACCUUUGCCAUGGAGGCUUUGUACAAGAUCCAAGCGCUGCAGGAUCUUCUCCGAGAUAUCAGUAUCCGCAAUGCAGAGAUUCCUUUUGAGUUGAAAUCGGUGGAUGAAAGACGGACUGUCUUCUUUCAAGAACAGGUUGUUCAAAGUGCUUACGAAUACGAGCACGCUUUGAGAAAACUCUUCUCUCAAUAUGAAUCUGUGAGCACCCAAGGGCAAAACAUUGUUGAGGAACGUUUGCAGCGGACUGUCACUGCUCGUUCCCUAUACCGACUCGCACGAGCGGUACGACUGGUUCCUGAUUGUAUCGCUCCAGAGGACUUCCAUGAGCUUGUUCAAGCGCUUUACACUCGGAGCCCUUCCAAGACAGAAGAGCAGCGUUACUUUCAGGAAAUGACUUUGCUCCAGCAUGAUCAGGAAGCUGAUACCACAUGGCUUCAGCCACCCAUUGACGAGAUACCUGGCGAACCACGUUUCUCUUUUCCUGAGCUGGUGGAACUCUUCACCCUGGCUGCCUUUCAUGCAUCGCCUCCCUUGUAUGCUGAACCACUCCAGGAUUGCAUUGACCGGAUCCACGAGAUUUUCCAACACCUGCUCCAGCUGCCACAAGGAGAGGCGAAUGCGUUCCAAGCCGAAAAGUUUCUCCAAGCAGUGUCAGGGUUCCUGGAUGAUACAAAUGACAGAGAACCCUCGAAUCUUGUAGAGAUUUGGACUGCAUUGGACUCUGAGCUGCCGAAGCUCGCUCCAAAGAAGGAUCCGCACAUACCCCAACCACCUGGACAUGUCCUUGAAAAGCUUCCAGUACAGCCUAUGACCGCAGAACAACGGCUGGAUGAGAACCGCCGGAAGAAUCCACUGGGAAGACCUUCAGCCUCCGGAAAGAAGAAGAAGAAAAAGAAGGGAGCCAAGGUGAAGCAACCAAAGUGGCGGGAGUACUUCUAUGGAAAUGUGCCCGUGCACUGGAACCAGGUCCAGUGGCUAGGCAAAAGGCCUGAGCCUCUCAAGCCCGAAAUUCCAGCCAUGUGGCAGAUGGAUAGCAAGGUUGACAUGCUGAAUCAUCUUGAUGAUCACAUCAGGAAGCACCGGGAUGAGUCAAGUGCAGCCAAUGUACCAGCGAGUGGCUGGGUCCUCCGCUUGCAGCUGAUAGAUGAGCCGCUGAGAGCACCAGCAUGCCCGAAGAGUGAAGAGGUGUCCACACUCAUGGAGACGGCCCUUACAUCGCGAAGGUUAAAGCAAUACGAUGCCGCUGUGGCAUUGUUGAUUCGUGCUCGAAAGUUGUGGGCGGCUAUUGAGGCUGGAAUGACAGGCCUCCGAGAGUGGCAGGAUGUGCAAAGUUUGAUGCCGACACAUUCUCCCUGGAACACAUCUCAAAGCUCCCGCGGAGUGUUUCGGCAUUUCAAGCGGACGGAGCCGGAGAAGGAAAGCAACGUCGCCCAGAGCUCGCAGGAAGUUCAGCAAGCUCAGGAAGCCCAGCAACCUGCAGAUGAAGGGGACGCUGACAACACAAUCCAUCAUGCAGAAAUUGUCAAGAGCAAGACUGACACAGGAGGUUUCCAAGAACACAAGCACAAAGACUUUUUCAAAAGUUUCACAGCUGCUCCGCUAACAGCCCGUCCGAGCGGAAGCGCUUCUGGCAGCGAAGCCGGUACAACACCCCAGUCUGCACGUGGUCGAAUACCCUCCAGACCAAGCCGCACUGGCGCCACUCCCAGCAGGAGAUACAACCCCAAGAAUGACUUUCCCUCAGCUUUGGGCGAGGACGAGGAUCUGGAAGAAUUGCCAGCCCGGGCAACGUUGUUCUUUUUUUGUGAACUCGCAUCUUUGCACUCUGCACUUCAAGAGGAUGAGCUUUCUGGAUUGCUGCUAUGGCGUGCCUUGGGCUGUUGCAAAACUCUUUCACCCUACGAUGCCAACGCUGCCAUGGUUUGGAGCGGCCUAGGUCGGGUCGCCUUCUACGCCGGCAGCUUCGAGGUCGCAGCAAGGCUCUACAUGCGUGCCAGGACGAUCCGAGAACGUUCACUCGGUGGUGACACCAUUGACACAGCGACAUCAUACAACAAUCUCGCCUGUUGCCUUGCUGCCUUGGAUCGAGUGGUGGAGGCUGGUGCAUUCAUGGAGCUGGCUGUGGAGAUCUUGAAGGAGUUGGCCGGCGAGGAUCAUCGACGCACUCAAACUGCGAUGCGCAAUCUCGGGAAGGUGCGUACGGCCCCAAAGAAGAUCACCAUGGAGGCACCAUACCUCUAUAGCUUGCCAGUUCAUGACUUUACUCGAGAUCUUCGGAGGACAAAGAAGAAAAAGAAGAAGGGACGAUCCAAAUCAGGAAGCUCGACACAGUCGAGCAAGAGCGGAAAGAAAAAAUGAUGCAUAUUUUUUAUGUUUGGCAGCAUGCUGAGCAUGGAUAAUGUCCCGGGAUCAGUUGCAAAAUGCACUGAGACCAACUCGAAAUUGACGCCCUCGCAGAGAGAAGAGAAUCUG